AUGGACAGAGGCAUACUCUUGUUGACCAAAAAAAUUGAAAAUGAUAAAUCCACCAACAAUAAUCUACCUUCUUCAUCAAAUUCCUGUAAGGGAUUUGUAAACGCCUUGAAAUUGAUGGAUGAGAUGAAUCGGGACAUGAAUCAGCAGAAGUUGCUAAGUGAGAAGAUAACUUAUUUAAGUGGCUUUGCUAACGCUUUGAGGGAUCAAAUCCAUACCGAUAUUCAAAUCGUGCCCGGUGGUGACAACGAGCCCUCGAUACCCUCUCAUAGAGCGUUAUUGGCAACACUAUCGACAAUAUUUCGAAACAUGCUGGAUUCGGACCAAUGCAAAGCUCCGGUGAAUAAAACGAUAACGCUACCGGAGCUGUCUCGUGAGGAACUAGAUGCACUACUCGAGUUCUUGUACAGUGGAAGUCUUCCAAAAGAGAAGAUGGAGAAACACGUUUUCUCGUUGGCGGUCGCUGCAGAAAAAUACGAGAUCCCUUUCUUGCAGAAGUUUUGUGCAAAUGAGAUGCUUGGAUCACUGAAUGCAUCCAACGCUCUUGAUAUCUUGGAAAUAUCCGACACUAGCUCCAACCAAAACCUUAAAGAAACAACCCUGAGCUUCAUUGUAAGAAACAUGGAUGAAAUAGUUUUCUCUUCCUCCCACGAUGCCUUCGCGAUCAAGAAUCCUCAUCUAACUACACAGAUCACAAGGGCAUCCCUCACGGAUAUUAAAAAGAGAAUAACUGGUGUUUAG